AUGAAUGAGCCUCCCACCGGGCUGGGGGGCCCCGGGGCUCCGGGGCCCCGCGGGCCUGAGAAUCUCGCGGACGCUCCCCGCAGCCUGGGGCGCGCCGGGUCCUUUCCGCGAGACGUGGGGCGCGGGGCUCCCCUGGCUCCUGGCUCCCGGAAUCCCGCGGCGACUGCGGGGGCGAGCGGAAGCCGGGGCGGCGCUCCCGAGAACCGCCCGGUGGCGGAGAACCUGGACUGUGAGCCCUGGGUCAGAGAGAAAGUGCUCUUUCUUCUGCACCCAGAGAGAUGGUUGGGGACUCCAGGGGACCCUGCGCGGGAAGAAGCGGCCGGUGAGGAGGACUUCUUCCAGGCGGCCGGAGACGACCGGGAACCCAACUGCCCUUCCCUCUUUCCGGGAAAAAAGGGAAUUUCUGGCAGCCGUGUAGACGCUCCGUUCGGAGCCCCGCCGCAGGACCCCGCAGCCCCGCCCAAGUCCGUGCUCGUGCGGAUCGUGGACUAUCAGGUAACAGAGGAAGUCCUGUGGACCGCCUGGACGCAGGGCCGCAUGACCAGGCGCACGGAGGAGCACUCCAUGACCGCGAUCACGUUUCGCACCAACAGGGAAUGA